AUGUGCCUACUGCAAGGAACGAGGACACUGGAUCAGGGCAUUCUCACUUCCUGCCGGUCGCCAUGGAACACCCCUCUCCUGCCGGUAAAGAAGCCGGGAACUGGGGACUAUUAGCCAGUGCAGGAUCUGAGAGAGGUUAACAAAAGGGUGGAGGACAUACACCCCACGGUCCCCAACCCUUACAAUCUAUUGAGUACUCUGCCACCAUCCCACAUUUGGUACACCAUAUUGGACUUAAAGGAUGCUUUCUUCUGCUUGUGGUUGCAUCCUGAGAGCCAAGUCCCUUUGUGCCUUUGAAUGGAAGGACCCAUUGAACUUUUGGGUCAAUUGACCUGGACCAGGCUCCCCCAGAAAUUUAAGAAUAGCCCAACCCUCUUUGAUGAGGCCUUACACCAGGACUUGGCAGACUUUCGGGUUCAGUACCCCACCCUGAUAUUGCUCCAAUAUGUUGAUGACCUCCUUCUGGCGGCCUCCUCGGAGAAAGAAUGUCAGGAGGACACAAAAGCCCUCCUACAGACAUUGGGACAAUUAGGAUAUCGGGCAUCAGCCAAAAAGGCUCAGAUAUGUCAGAAACAAGUCAUUUACCUAGGUUAUCAAUUGAGAUCCUUGAAACUGUUUAUAGAUAAAAAGAAGGGCUAUGCCAAGGGGGUCCUGACCCAGAGACUGGGCUAUCUGUCCAAGAAAUUUGACCCAGUCGCAUCCGGAUGGCCGCCCUGUCUACGGAUGGUAGCAGCUAUUGCAGUCCUUACCAAGGACGCAGGUAAAUUGACUCUGGGCCAGCCAUUGACCAUCCUGGCACCCCAUGCAGUGGAGGCCUUGGUCAAACAGCCUCCAGACCGCUGGCUUUCCAAUGCCCGCAUGACUCAUUAUCAAGCCGUACUCCUGGAUGUGGACCAGGUGCAAUUUGGACCUGUGGUUGCUCUCAACCCCGCAACCUUGCUCCCCUUGCCAGGAGAGGCAGAGCAGCAUGAUUGCCUCCAGAUCCUUGCAGAAAUGCAAGGGACCAGACAGGACCUGACGGAUCACCCUCUUCAGGAUGCUGACUACACCUGGUACACCCAUGGUAGCAGCUUCCUGGAAAACGGGGAGCGGAGAGCGGGGGCAGCAGUAACCAUGGAAACAGAGGUAAUUUGGGCUGAAGCCCUACCAGCGGGCACCUCAGCCCAAAGAGCAGAACUCAUCGCAUUGAACCAGGCACUCCAGAUGGCAGAAGGUAAGAAACUUAAUGUCUAUACGGACAUUCAAUACAUCUUUGCCACUGCCCAUAUACAUGGGGAAAUUUACUGAAGGCAAGGGCUGCGGACCUCAGAAGAAAAAGAAAUUAAAAAUAAGACUAAAACCUUAACACUACUCAAAGCCCUAUUUCUGCCCCCAAAACUGAGUAUUAUACAUUGUCCUGGCCACCAAAAGGGCCACAGCAGGGAGGAAAAAAAAAAAAGAAAGAAAAUCGAUUGGCGGAUGCUGCUGCCAAGGAGAGAUGGGGCCCUACGAAAGGUAACUGAUGAAUGUAAAGCCUGUGCUCAAGUAAAUGCAGGCAAGACUAAGCUUGGGGUAGGGGUCCGGGCAAGGGGACAUCGUCCUGGUGUACACUGGGAGAUUGACUUUACAGAAACUAAGCCCGGUCUCUAUGGAUAUAAGUACCUCUUGGUUUUCGUAGACACAUUUUCAGGAUGGACAGAAGCCUUCCCUACCAAAUAUGAAACUGCAAAAAUGGUGACCAAGAAACUCCUGGAAGAAAUCUUUCCCAGGUAUGGGAUGCCCCAGGUCUUGGGUACUGAUAAUGGGCCCGCCUUCGUCUCCCAGGUAAGUCAGUUGGUGGCCAAGCUUUUGGGGAUUGAAUCGAAAUUACAUUGUGCAUAUAGACUCCAAAGUUCAGGACAGGUAGAACGCAUGAAUAAAACAAUUAAGGAGACUUUAUCUAAAUUAACGUUUGCAACUGGCUCUAGAGACUGGGUACUCCUCUUGCCCCUAGCCUUAUAUAGGGCCUGCAAGACUCCGGGCCCCCAUGGACUGACUCCUUUUGAAAUACUGUAUGAGGUCCCACCCCCAUUCAUAAACUUCUUUGACUCAAAUAUUGCUGAUUUUGCUAACAGCCCUUCUCUGGAAGCUCAUUUGCAGGCAUUGCAGAUUGUGCAAAGAGAGGUCUGGAAACCACUUGCUGCAGCCUACAGAGACCAACUGAACCAGCCUAUGGUACUGCAUCCUUUCCAGAUAGGAGACACUGUAUGGGUCCGCAGACACCAGACUAAGAACUUGGAACCUAGGUGGAAAGGCCCUUAUUCUGUCCUCCUGACUACCCCAACGGCACUAAAAGUUGACGGCAUCGCAGCCUGGAUCCAUGCCUCCCACGUUAAGGCCGCCCACACCACGGGGGAGGUGGAGCCAAUUGCGACCCCAGCAUGGAGAGUCCAGUGCACCCAAAAUCCUUUAAAGAUAAGACUUACGCAUGGGGCCCCUUGA